GAGGGGAGACGAGGGCGGGAUCUGAGCCGCUUCCCUCCCCGGGAGUCAGUCUAAAGAGGCUCAGUGGGGAGGGCGGCCCCCGCGGGCCGGCCGGGCGAGCUGCGUGGUCUGGCGCCCAGACGCGGUGGCCGGGGAGGCGGCGGGGCCCCCGACUGGCUGAGAGCGAGCGAGCGCUCACCAUGCGCCCCCGGGCCGCGCAGAGCCGCCCGCUGCUGCCGGUGCUUCUUCUGGCGCUUCUCCUGGUGUUCCUGGUGGCCGCGCCAGCCGAGGGCAAGGGCUGCGUGUGCAAAGGCAAAGGCCAGUGCUUCUGCCAUGGCUCCAAAGGAGAGAAGGGAGAGAAAGGUUUACCUGGACCUUCUGGUCCUCCUGGCCAGAAGGGAUUUCCAGGGCCUGAAGGUUUGCCUGGACCCCUGGGACCUAAGGGCUUCUCUGGAUUUCCAGGACUCACAGGUCUCAAAGGCAUAAGGGGGAUAACAGGACUGCCAGGAUUUUCCGGUCCCCCUGGACUUCCUGGUAUUCCUGGCCAUCCUGGACCUUAUGGGCUUCCUGGUCUACCUGGAUGCAAUGGUUCCAAGGGUGAGCCAGGCUUUCCCGGAAUUCCAGGGACACCUGGCUACCCAGGGAUCCAGGGUGUCGUCGGUUUGAAAGGAGAAAAGGGUGCUCCUGCUGGAGGAGAAGGAGUAGAAGGGGAUGGAAAAGGGGACCCCGGAUUGCCAGGAAGUCCAGGAUUCCAGGGUUUGCCAGGCCUUCCAGGUUUCCCCGGACCCAUGGGCCCACCUGGCCCUCCAGGAUUCUUUGGCUUCCCAGGAACCAUGGGGCCUCCAGGACCUAAGGGUCAAAUGGGCGAUAAUGUGAAAGGUCAAAAAGGAGAUCAGGGUAGGAGAGGAUUAGAAGGACCCCGCGGACCACCAGGAACAGUUAUUGUGACACUAACUGGCCCGGAUAACCGAACGGACCUCAAGGGGGAGAAGGGAGACCAGGGUGACAUGGGCAGACCUGGGCCUCCAGGACCCUCCGGGCCACCAGGAGAAUCAUAUGGAUCUGUAAAAGGUGCUCAGGGAGAACCAGGUGCACAGGGAAAGCCUGGAAAAGAUGGUGCCUCUGGUUUCCCUGGGACCAAGGGAGCCAAAGGCAGCAAGGGCUUCCCUGGGCUCGUAGGUGAAGAUGGUAUUAAGGGGUUGAAAGGGAUAAUUGGCCCUCCAGGGUUUCCUGGUCCAACAAUUUAUUAUGAUGCACACCAGGAGAAGGGAGAUAGAGGAAUCCCAGGCCCACCAGGGCCCAAAGGAGUUCCUGGCCCACCAGGUCCAAGAGGUCCUCCUGGAGUUCCAGGAAGUCCUGGGUCAUCCUGGCCUGGCCCCAGAGGAGGCCCUGGAGCUCCAGGCAUGAAAGGAAAUAAAGGGGAGAGAGGACCCCCAGGAAUGGAUGCAGUGGGGCCUCCUGGAGCCCCAGGCUGCCCAGGUACCCCAGGGCCAAUGGGGUCACUGGGACCCCCAGGACCACCAGGUGAAGUCCUGUUUCGCAGGGGGCCCCCUGGAGAUCAGGGACGCCCAGGUCCUGCAGGGCUUCCAGGACUCCCUGGAGUCCAUGGACUCAAAGGAGAACCAGGUCUGUUGUGCACACAGUGUCCGUGUGUCCCAGGACUGCCAGGACUCCCAGGACUGCCGGGGUUCGAUGGCCUGAAAGGAAUCCCAGGGGCCCAAGGGACACCGGGUGACCAAGGAAGCCCAGGAUCCCCAGGAAAUGAAGGUCUUCCAGGACUUCCAGGUUUCCCAGGUUCACAAGGUGCUCCAGGUCGGAAGGGAGAAAAGGGGGAACCAUCUCAACCACAGGGGCAAGUGGGGGCUCCGGGAGAUCCGGGACCCAGAGGACAUCCUGGAACAAGGGGUUUGGAUGGUGUUCCUGGAACUCCAGGAAUGGAAGGACUGCCAGGACCUAGAGGUGAACCGGCUCUGAGUGGUGAGAAGGGGGACCAGGGACCUCCAGGAGAUCCUGGCUUCCCUGGACUCCCGGGAGUAAAAGGACCAGCUGGACUACCAGCAGCUGGACUUCAGGGAGAGCCUGGUCCCAAAGGCGCCCAAGGAGUUCCUGGAACCCCUGGACCACCCGGAGAAGCCGGGCCUAAGGGAGAGCCCCGUGUUUGCAUACCAAUUCCCGGCCUCCCAGGGCCUCCAGGACCCCCUGGCUGCCCUGGACCCCAGGGCCCACCUGGUACCGCUGGGCCCCCAGGAAAAUGCAAGCCGGGCCUUCCUGGGCCUGAUGGAGAGCCAGGAAUGCCAGGGAUUGGGUUUCCUGGACCACCUGGGCCUAAGGGAGACCGCGGUUUACCAGGAGCAAAAGGAUCACCUGGUUGUCCUGGAGAAACAGGAAAGCCGGGGAUUCCUGGCAAGCCAGGUGUCCCAGGAGCCAAGGGAGAACCAGGACUAGCCAUGCCAGGGGGAGCAGGAGCACCAGGUUUGCCAGGAGAAAGAGGAGACCCUGGAGAAUAUGGAGAAAUUGGACUUCCUGGACUUCCAGGUCUCCCAGGACUUCCUGGAACCUGGGGGCUUGAUGGACCACAAGGAGAUCCGGGGCAUCCUGGACCACCUGGAGAGAAAGGACCCCCAGGAAGCUGCACCGAGGGCCCCAGAGGAACACCUGGGCUUCCGGGCUUAAACGGACUGAAAGGAAAACAAGGCAGAAGAGGUCAAACAGGGCCAAAGGGAGACCCUGGUAUUUCAGGUUUGGAUAGACCUGGAUUUCCUGGAGAACCUGGCCCACCGGGAAUGCCAGGUCAUCGAGGUGAGAUCGGACCACCCGGACCAGCAGGAUUUCCAGGAAGCCCAGGACUCUCCGGUCUACCAGGUGAAAAAGGGAUGGUUGGGAUGAUGGGACAUCCUGGAAGCAUGGGCCCUCCAGGGCCUCCUGGGGACCCUGGCACCCCAGGGCAGAGGGGAAGCCUCGGAAUUCCAGGAGCAAAAGGCAAGAAAGGACCCCCAGGAGCCAAAGGGGAAGAAGGAGAGAAAGGAGCCCCUGGACCUUCUAAGAUAUCCCACUUACAGGGGGACAAGGGGGAACCAGGCCUCAAAGGACUCACAGGCAAGCCGGGUGAGAAAGGAAGCAGAGGCCUCCCGGGGCCACCAGGCCUACACGGUUUACAAGGGCCACCUGGUCAACCAGGACCACCAGGCCCCAAGGGAGAUCCAGGCAGCAGUGGGGUUCCUGGAGAACCAGGACCACCUGGUGUGCCCGGAAGCAUGGGGAACAUGGGAUUGCCAGGUUCCAAAGGAAAAGAGGGAACGAUGGGACUCCCGGGUCUAAGUGGAAGACCAGGCCUCCCAGGUGUUCCUGGCCGCCAAGGAGAUAAGGGAAAGCCAGGCCGUUCAGAAGGUUCAUGGCCAGGACCACCAGGACCACAGGGAGACCCAGGACCGCCAGGUGACAUGGGAAGGAAAGGAGAGCAAGGGUCACCUGGUGCACCUGGAUAUUCAGGGCCCGCUGGACCAGAUGGCCCCCCUGGAAGUCCUGGAAGUCCCGGCCCCCCAGGAAUGCCAGGACCUGAUGGAGAUUUAGGAGAUAGAGGAAUCAAAGGUUUCCCUGGCUUUCCAGGAGUGAAAGGCCCUCCAGGUCCUCCAGGAGUCCCUGGGCAUCCUGGACCAAUGGGUAUGAGAGGUGAUCAAGGAUGUGAUGGAAUUCCUGGGCCAGUGGGAGAAAAGGGAGAACCAGGCUUACUGGGGGCACAUCCUCUUCCAGGCCCAAAAGGAGUCCCGGGUGACGCAGGAGAUAAAGGAGACAGGGGACCCAUAGGCCUGCCUGGUCUCCCCGGCAGGAAAGGAGCAGUAGGAGAUGUCGGGCCACGAGGACCCAUUGGUAUGGCAGGACCUCAAGGACCACCAGGGUCUCCAGGUGCAAUCCUCCAUGGUAAAAAGGGAAACCGAGGCCCACCAGGCUCCAGAGGAAAUCCAGGUGAGCCUGGCCCCCCUGGACCGCCUGGAAGUCAUGUAAAAGGCAUAAAAGGAGACAAAGGCUUUGUGGGUGACCCUGGCCCGAGAGGUCCACCUGGAACUAUAGGGGAUGCUGGGUCCCCAGGUUAUCCGGGAGUACCAGGUCCCCAAGGUCUGCCAGGGCUCAGAGGUGAUACUGGAUUCCCUGGAUUUCCAGGCAUACAAGGAGAGAAGGGUAAUCAAGGAUUUCUGGGAACCAUAGGACCUCCAGGACAAAUUGGACCCAAAGGACCACCUGGCCCUCCUGGAGCUGUUGGCACUGUGAAGAUCAUCUCCCUUCCAGGAAGCCCAGGACCACCUGGCCCCAUUGGCCCACCAGGGAUGCAAGGGGAAGCUGGGCCACCAGGCCCACCAGGAAACCUAGGACCCUGUGGGCCAAGAGGUGAACCAGGCAGAGAUGGAAAAGCAGGAGCACCGGGGCCUGUUGGAAGAAAAGGCAGCAAAGGGUGUAAGGGAGAGCCAGGCCCACCUGGAGCCAUUGGACUGCCUGGUCAGAAAGGGAACCCUGGAGACCCAGGUCCCCCUGCGGUCAGGACAAAGAUGAGAGGCUUCCUCUUCACCCGUCACAGUCAGACCACAGCAAUUCCCUCCUGCCCAGAAGGGACACAGCCCCUCUACAGUGGAUUUUCUCUUCUUUUUGUGCAAGGAAAUGAGCAAGCCCAUGGACAAGACCUGGGAACUCUGGGCAGUUGCCUGCAGCGAUUCACCACAAUGCCGUUCUUAUUCUGCAACAUCAAUGCCGUGUGUCACUUUGCAUCUCGAAAUGAUUAUUCAUACUGGCUGUCAACACCAGCUCUGAUGCCAAUGGACAUGGCUCCAAUUACUGGAAGGGCCCUGGAGCCCUAUAUUAGCAGAUGCACAGUGUGUGAAGGCCCUACGAUAGCUAUAGCUGUUCACAGCCAAACCGCUGACAUUCCUUCAUGUCCCCAGGGCUGGAUUUCUCUCUGGAAAGGAUUUUCUUUCAUCAUGUUCACAAGUGCAGGCUCUGAGGGUGCUGGACAAGCACUGGCAUCCCCAGGCUCCUGCCUGGAAGAAUUCCGAGCAAGUCCAUUUAUAGAAUGUCACGGAAGAGGAACCUGCAACUACUAUUCAAAUUCCUACAGCUUCUGGUUGGCUUCACUAGACCCAAACAGAAUGUUCAGAAAACCUAUUCCAUCCACUAUGAAAGCCGGGGAGUUGGAAAAGAUAAUAAGUCGUUGUCAAGUGUGCAUGAAGAAAAGAAAUUGAAGAAAUUCAAACCAGUAUUUUUUCUCCUUCUACGUAACCAAAAGAUUAAACAGAAUAUGCAUUUACUUAAGUACUUUUCUCUAAGCAAAGACUAUUACUGUGAUGCCUUAGUGCAAAGCUUCUAUUUGUUUUACCCUGUGACAAAGCAUUUCUUUUCAGUUAGUUCUGUGACCCUGGUCUUUAAAUCUGUGCUGUUUCAAAGUCUCCAGUGAUAAGGUCAUAGAACACAAUGGACAUGGUAUUCACUGUGUAUCCAGUGCACUCUCUAAAUGGUGAUUAUAUAAAGAUUGGUGCUAGAAGUUAAGAGCUAAUUGGUCUACUGGACUCCCAGUAUUUCCCACCCUUUCUUCUUCAGUUUUUAUCACUCAGGGAGGCCAACUCUGUUUUAGAUUCCCCACCCCCUUCCUGAAACUUUAGAUCUUAGUGAGGGAAGGAAAUAGGAUAACUGGAGUACUGAAGCCUCAUAGAUAGAACUGGAAUUCCACCUGCUAAGGAAACUAAGGCAAGAGGGAACCAAAAACGAACUGAGGUUCAUGAAAUUUCUAGGGUUUUUUAAAACACAACCAUAGACGAAAGCUAAAGGCGGGGUGUGGGGAAGGGAAGUUCCACGAAAUGAAUCAUAAUAGUUAUCCUUG